GAUUUUUAAUUGCUCUGUAAAAAAAUUAUAAUUAUUUGUGAGUCAAUUGUGCAGUAAUUAAGACAGUUUUUGUAACAAUGGAUGGUGGACACGUAGCAAUUAAUCAGAAAAAUAGAGGAUUUCUUUGUUGGCUGAUGAAAAUCCUGUCAUUUCCAUGUUCAUUCUACAAAUAUCUUUUUGAUAAAGAAAUUCGGAAUUCUUUACCCAAUAAAGUGGUGUUAAUUACAGGAGCAUCUUCAGGAUUAGGCGAAGCUUUAGCUCAUGUAUUUUAUACGACUGGUGCAAAAAUCAUUUUGGCAUCAAGAAGAAUUGAGGAAUUGGAAAGAGUUAAAAGGGACUUAAUGAACAUUGACCAUAUUGGAAUAACUCAUUCGCCAAUGAUUCUUCAAAUGGACCUUACAGAUAUUAAUUCAUUGCCAGAGAAAGUUAAUCAAGUAUUAGACGUUUAUGGACAUAUUGAUAUUCUCGUUAACAACGGUGGGGUUAGCAUAAGAAGCAAUGCAGUUGAUACAAAAGUAGAUGUUGAUAUAAAAAUCAUGCUUACUAAUUAUUUUGGUACUGUUGCAUUAACUAAAGCAGUCUUGCCAUCUAUGAUUGCUAGAAGAGACGGAAAAAUUUUAUGUAUCGGGAGUGUCCAAGGCAAGUUUGCGAUUCCACAAAGAGCAUCAUAUAGCGCAUCAAAACACGCAAUUCAAGCCUUUUGUGACUCGUUACGAGCGGAAGUAGACGAACAUAAUGUUAAGGUCACACUAAUUAGCCCUGGAUACAUAUCAACAAAUUUCUCCUUUAAUGCUUUCACCGGUACUGGUAAUGCAUACGCUAAAAUGGAUGAAAGCACAGCUCAAGGAACAGAUCCAAUCGAAAUGGCAAAAUAUAUUCUUCAGGCAGUAUUAAAGGAUAAGAAAGAUGUCAUAUUUUGCGGUUUAGCACCAAGAUUAGCAUAUUACAUUCGAUUUCUCAUGCCUUCCUUAUAUUUUUGGAUCAUGUCAAAACGUGCUCAAAAAUUGAGCAAACAGAAUCAUCUCAGUAAGACUGACUGAAAUUACUGCAUAUGAUUAUGCUG